CGAGACUCGAGAGUUGAUUGCCGUCGCCGAAUCCAGCAGUCCACUCUCAAGGGACCUGGGGAAGACUUCUUACUUUCCUGAUGGAUCGUCCUAGAUAUUCGGUUGAUAUGGGUAACCUCGAGCGCAACCGAACGAACGAGCUUGCGAGGAAGAGAUCCCGCAAAGGUAAAUCACAUAUCGGCUCUUCAUCUCAAAGUCAAGAUGAUUUUGAUACGGGUUACGUAAGGAGGGAUGAGGAUGCGAUGACCGACGAACAUCGAGGUUUGCAAAUAACCAACAAGCUUUUGGUAAAUUCUCAUACAAUGAUGCACAAAAUUUGACAGGUAUGGCUAACUUACUUGUUGAAGAAAAUUUGCCUUAUUUGUUUUCUGAAAGUCUUGCUUUUCGUGAUUAUGCACAAACUUGUUUAAAUCCGCAAUAUAGAGGUUAUAGUCGCAAAACGGUUAAGAAAGAAAUUUCAAGGCUUUAUGGUGCGGAAAAAGUAAGGUUACAAAAUUAUUUUGCAAACUUUGAUGGACGUGUUACUGUAUGUUCUGACAUAUGGGAGGAUACUUAUCAUAAUUUACAUUAUUUGGGUCUGACUGUACAUUAUAUUGAUAAUGAUUGGCAUAUGCAUAAACGUGUUCUUGCUUUCCGUGAAUUUAAUGAUCGUCACACCGCUGAACAUAUUUAUAUUUUGAUUGAACGUAUUUUAAUUGAGUAUAAUUUAAUUGAUAAGGCGUUUGCUAUUGGUUUUGAUAAUGCUACUAAUAAUACUGCUGCUAUUCCUAGAUUGCGUGAAUUGUGUGGUUCUACUUCUUUGAUGAGUAGAUUUUUUCAUCAACAAUGUGCAUGUCAUGUUCUAAAUUUAUGUGUGCAAGAUGGUCUAAAAGCGUUGGGAGCAUCGUUGGAGGUAGUCAAGGGGGGGAUUAGACGUAUUUGGGGUAAUGGACACUUUAGGAAAAAAUGGCAUGAUUAUUUGAUAGAAAGAGGUGAGAGAUAUGUGGCUUUUCCAAAAGAUUUGUCUAUUCGUUGGAAUAGUACCUAUAAGUUAAUUGGAGUUCUUCUUAGAUAUAAACAACAUUUUCCUGCUUUUAUGAAACAAUAUGAUAACUAUAUUAUAAACUCGGCUGAGAUCGACACCUGUGAAAAAAUUUGUAAUGCUUUGAUAUAUUUUAAUAAUGCAACUGAAACUUUUAGUCAUGUUUAUAAACCUACCUCAAACCAAUUUAUUCGUGAAGCUGUUAAUCUCGCCGGUGCUUUUUCAAAUUUUGAGAAUGCUGAUUAUGUGAAUUAUUUUGCUGGUUUUAUGAAGGAAAAGUUUUUAAAAUAUUAUUCACAUAUUCCGCAUAUUUAUGGUAUUGCAUUUGUUCUCGAUCCUCGUUUUAGACUUGGUUCUUUAGAAGAAUGUUUGAAUUAUUAUUAUUCUGCUUUUUUGGUCCAUUGCCAAUGUAUGAGGACAACCCAAUUGAUCCGAAAAAAGAAUACAACGAGGUUAGUGAUAUAUUUUAUGCAUUAUUCAAUGAGUUUCAUGCACAAUAUGGCAAUGCGCCCCCUCCCCCGACACAAACAUCAUCUAAAGGAAAAUCAAUUUUCAAAUCUACGUUUGCCAAUCUUAUUAAAAAAACAAAAUCAACUCCCGCUACACAACAAAGCACAAUUAAUGAGAUUUCUUUGUAUUUAACUUAUGAUGUUGAUUUUGAAGAAGAUGAUGAUUUUGACGUACUAAACUGGUGGAAGGGAAAAGAAAGAAUGUUCCCGGUUUUAGCAAAGAUGACUAAGCAAGUGCUAUCAAUGCCGGUUUCAACGGUUGCCGUGGAACAAGAAUUUAGUUCGGCCGGCAAUGUUCUAACACAAACCAGAACGAGGUUGAGCGCUGAAUCUCUUGAGAUGCUUAUAUGCUACCA